AUGGAGAAGAAAGAGGUCGUGGUGGACGAGGCGCCGUCUCUUCCACCACGCAUGCCAUCGCGCAUUCCAACGAGAUUGGUCAUCUGCGUGGACGGCGCUCGCUACGAUCCGAAUAAUACCUCUGAGACGCCCACCAGCGUGUACCGUAUUUUCAGCAGUAUCCAGCAAGGCAGAUGCAUCGACACGCAAACCGGAGUCGCACACAAUCAACUUCCUCGGUACUUCCCAGCCAUCGCUUCUUCAGACGAGGUUUUCUCCGCUCAAAAGCUCCAGGCGACUCUACCCGGCCAAGGAUAUCAUCGGCAGAUUCAAGACGUCUAUGAGGCAUGCUGUCAGCUGACUGGCGCUGAGGAUGAGUUGGUCUUCUUUGGGUUCGCGAGGGGUGCAUAUGUUGUGCGAGCAGUCGCUGGGCUACUGCAUAAUUUUGGGCUUUUGAACAUUGCGGCAGCGCAGAGUGACUUUGGACGAAGUUUCAAGAAGGUGCUGAAGGAGUCUGAUAAGCUCUAUAUGCGACCGCAGUUGGCGCUGUCGAAGUCAAAUUCCGUGUCCAGCGUCUCAACAGCUUCAUCUGGAGAUUUUCGAACACCGCCGACGAUCAAGUUUCUGGGCGCUUUCGAGACCAUCAAAGCUGUCAGUGACGACAGUGCAUACGAUAUCAGCUUCAACACAUCAAUACGACAUCUGCGCCAUGCUGUCGCGCUCCAUGAAGAUAGGAGAGCACUUUCGCCGGAAUACGUCUACCCUGAAUUCCAUGGCCAGGAACUCCGAAAAGAAGGGAAGAGCUUGAUCCAAGCUCAGUUCAUUGGUAGCCAUGGAGACAUGGGAGGCUCUGCGCCGAAAUCUGGCCUUGGACUGUAUCCCGCGCAGUGGAUGAUAUUCGAAGCUAGUGCCUGCGGUGUCAUGUUUGACUUUGAUCACCAGUCAGUCUCGGUCCUCUUCCCCAAAGACGACAGAUCCAAUAAGAGCCAAUCUACAUCAUCAUUCCAGGCAGCCAACGGCGUGGUGACCACGAUCCAAGAUAUCAGACGCAUACACGACUCGUCUCAGCCGGCUCAAAGUCACUACGGCAUCAAGCUGAACACACGACAAGGCACGAUCCGGCAGAAGAAGACUCGAGCUCCGUUCGAGUCCAACGGCUUUCUCAAAGGCUACUGCGAAGAUGCUCCCCAAGGAACGAUCAUCCAUCCGUCAGUUUACAUGCUUCUCGACGAGCACAUCAAUGUAGCUCUCGACACCAAAGAAGCUAAAUUGCAGCGUCAUUUAGAGGAAUGGCGAGAAAGAAUGCUAGGCAGUACCAACGGCCUGGUGAACUUCGGCUUUUGGGGAGACGAAGACAAAAGCGCUGCUCUGGAUGGCGUAUCCGCCCUACGCAUCCUCGUGUGCGGCAAUACAGGUGUCGGAAAGUCGACGUUGAUCAACAAGACAUUCGGCGUCGAUGUCACACAGAGCUCAGAUCGUUCGAGGGGAAUACAUGAUGUUCGCCAGGAGAUUCGCUUCGAGGGGCGGCCGGAUUUGGUCGUGCAUGACAGUGGGGGAUUUGAAGCCGGUGCAGACGCCGAGUUCAUUGCCAUCGAAGAGUUUCUGAAGGAGAAGAGUGAGGUGGUGGAUGUCAAGGAUCGGGUGCAUGUGAUUUGGUUCUGCAUUGAAAUCAACUCGGCGAGAACGAUGCAAAUGGCAACGGAGAAGCUGUUCCAAACUGUGUCGAAGUACGCAGCAGAAGUACCAAUCGUGGUUGUAGCAACGAAGAAAGACGACCUGCUGGACAUUGAGUUCUCAAAGCGAAGGAAAGAGCUGAAGAGGCUCAAAGAACCAUUUGAUGAGGAGGAUUGCGACAGCUACGCUGAAGAGCAACUCAAUACCAGGCUCGAGCAGAUCAGAGAAGAGAUGUUGUCAGUCGAGGGUGGUAGACUUGACGCUCUGGUGGCGGUUUCUCAAGAUGACAACCCCUCAAUAUCUGAGCUCAGCAAAGUUACCUCCCACACGUUCGACUUGGACAAGGUUCGCAUUCUCUUCGUCCGCGCGCAGACCGCAAAAAUCGAUUUAAAGGUGGAACUAGCCGAAAUCGAACUCAUCCGCCGAUAUAAAGCGCUGAUACGCACUUCAUCCGGACUCGGAUUCAUUGCUGGAGCUGGGUCGAUUCAUCGUCGAGCGGCUGCGAACAAGGUCUGUCAGGCUAUCGUGGGGUGUUUUGGUUUGUCGGUCUCGGCGGACAAGGCUUUGGCGGCUAUGAAGACGAAUGUGUGGAAUCAUCUUGGGUUUGAUCCUCAUGUUGCGCUUGCAGGGUUCGCGGGAGGCAUUCCAGCCUGGCUCGUGACAGGAAGCAUUUCAAUGCCACUCAUCGUUCCAGCCACAGCUCGACUCUUCUUGACCAUGUCCUGUGAUCUCAUACUGGUAUUGGUCAGAUCUUUCCGAGAAGUGGCCUUCCGUGGCAGCGAGGGCCAGCCUUCGGAAAGAGAUGUCGAAAAAGCAGCCCGCAUGUACCGUCUCAAGGGGUACACGACCCAUGUGCACAAAGAGGUCAAGCAGCUGGUGCCGAAGAAGAACUUGGCCGCAAGCUACAAGUACGAUAAAGUGCAAAGCACCGUGGAGGAUAUGAUCGAAACGUACAAGGAGAAACUGAUGAAUGACGAGAACAUGCCGAAUCCCGCUCCCUCGUCGAGAAUGAAGAAGCUAUCCCUUUCUCUCCGAAGAGGCAACAGGAACAGCGACGCGGACUCUAUAACAUCCAGCAUCCCCGACAUCACCUCCCCCGUCGAAGACUCCUCGGAAGACGACGACGGUGACAACGCCGAGAAGGACUUCUACGCCGAGCUCCACGAAGCGCAUAAGAAAGCCGUGGAACUGGAGGCUCAGGGCCCGAUGUCAGGACUCUCUCCUACCAGGGAUCCUGUGGAGAUGGAGAGCGCAGCAGCCGCGGUUUGA